AUGCUCAAGAUGUUGUCUGUAUUAAGGCGAAACCUUCAAAAUCUUCGAAAAAGCCACCGUGUGGCGGACGAGAGCACGUUGCCUUCGACGCCCGUCGUCGACGGAGACGGGAGUAACGGUGUGAUGAUGAAGUUUCCGUUAUCGAUCAUGUCAUGCUUCGCCGUUCCACGUGUGAGCAGGACAGAUGGUGUGUGGGUGUCCGGGGAUUACGGAAGAGUCUCGGAGGUUAACCAUCUCAUGGUUUGUGAUGGCAUGAGAUAUGCUCUCUUGAUGUAA